GUAGCUGAGAAUCUGUAGGUUUCACCGCUGUCGACCUCAGACAGACACUCAUUUUAAGGAGUGACACCAUUUUGAACCCUGUAUUUUCCCAGCCGGUCCUCUUCUACGCCCCCUGGCGCCCCUCCUCUCCGACCACCACCGUCCCAUUGUCUCGUCUCCCUCGGCGGCUCUCGAGCUCCGUUAUGCUCCUCAGACUAACGGCUUCCCUUCAUCCCUCUGUCAGUUUCAGGGUCACUUCUCGCCCCGCGUGAGAGGCAGGAUCUCUCCGUCUGACUUCGCGCGACCGCGUCGUUAUUUGUGUGGAGAUUUGAAGUCAGACUGUUCUUUUCUCAAGAGUUCACAUUUUCCCAGCACCUCGAGGGAACGAGAAGAGCCUCGGGCAGAGACGCGGCUCGGCUCGGCUCGGCUCGGCUCGGUCAGCCGCGCGGCUGCGACCGGGAACGGACCAUGAAACGCUGAGCGGAGCGGAGCUGAGGAGGCGACACUAUCCAGACUGAAGCUAUUCGACAAACUGGAUUUCAGAAUGACCGAGUGACCCUUUGUGUCCAGGAAACAGAAAUUGGCAGGGUCUACGUGCUAAAGAUGAGAGCUGCGCCUGCUUUUACAGAAGAGGCCAGAAGCUUUUGGAGUGAAGGUCGAUGAUGGGCCAGGAGAUACACAGCAACCAGCGCUCUUUUUGACAGCUGGGAAUUUGAAAGAAGCAGGAAUUCCCCGCUCUCUGGUGGUGUCGCCAUGGCGAGUCUGGUGCUCAAUGACACUGGGCUAGAGGACUGCGGCAUUGAUGACUCCUUCAAGUACAACCUGUACGGCGUCGUGUACAGUAUUGCCUUUGUGCUGGGCCUCGUCACGAACUGCGCCUCGCUCUUCGUCUUCUGCUGUCGCAUGAAAGUGCGCAACGAGACCACUCUCUUCAUGACGAACCUGGCAUUAUCUGACUUAAUAUUUGUUUUCACUCUGCCAUUCAAGAUCUACUACAAUGUCAGACGCCACUGGCCGUUUGGCGAUGGUCUUUGCAAGAUCUCUGGAGGAGCUUUCAUCACAAACAUCUAUGGCAGCAUGCUGUUCCUCACCUGCAUCAGCGUGGACCGCUUCCUGGCCAUUGUUUAUCCCUUCCGCUCGCGCACCAUACGCACCCGCCGCAAUGCUGGCAUUGUAUGCGCUCUGAUCUGGUUGCUUAUCUUGGGUGGAGGCAUGUCAGUGACUUUUUUCUCUGCCACCAACCGCGCCAAAGCAAGCACUACUUGCUUCGAGGGCUUUUCCCAGAAAACAUGGAAGACAUACCUGUCCAAGAUCACCAUCUUCAUCGAGGUGGUGGGCUUCCUUAUCCCUUUGCUCAUUAACCUGGCCUGCUCUUCCAUGGUGCUACGAACACUACGCAAGCCUGCCACGCUCUGUCAAAUCGGCACCAACAAAGAACGCGUGCUACGCAUGAUAGUGGUGCACCUGGCCAUUUUCAUUGUCUGCUUCGUGCCAUAUAACUCUGUUCUUUUUGUCUAUGCCAUGGUGCGCACUCAGGCCCUGGCUAGCUGUUGGCUUGAAAGACUAGCACGAACUCUCUACCCUAUAACGCUCUGUGUGGCGACUUUGAACUGCUGCUUCGACCCAGUGGUGUACUACUUCACUUCUGAGUCCUUUCAGAAGUCACUGACCACUGGAAAGUGUCAAACUAAGCAGGAAAAUGCGCUGCGCAGUGAAGCACCUGUUUCUAGCAAGGAGAAUACCAAUACAGAAACAGUCGAAACUAAUGCACUAUCCAGCAAUGGGAAAGAACAGAUUACAGAGACUCAGUUUUGAGACCACACCUUGAAUAACAACAGCUCCAGUAUGAAUCUCCAGGCAAGUUUCUACAAUCAAAAUAAUUUGUCUUUAUGUUAAAAAAAUUCAACUCCUUAGCUUUUCUUAACUUAACUUAUAGAAAUGUACAUGUGUAAAAUUUGCCACUGAACUACGUUAACCGCUUAAAUGUCUUGGUGUGCGUACACACAUCCAAAUGCACUGAACUGCAGCAUUGUUUGUUUUUUAUAUUACGAUAAAUGUGCUUGAAAGUGCCAGGUUUGAAGAACCAUCAGCUCCUUAGUAAACAGCACUUUUAUAUGUUGUCUAUCUUUUACUGUAGACUUGAAAUGAUAGGCAAUUAAAACGCUUAUGACUGA